AAAUAGCUUGCAAUGUUGCUCUAGUAAGAAGAUAUCCUUUUUAUACGUUUUCUUUCAGUGUUUUGUUAUUCACAUUAUUAGUUGAUAAGCUUUAUUUUCUCAGUAAAUUAAUAUUUUUUGUCUUUAAAUGACAAAGCAACUUUGAAAAGAUUGAAGUAGUGAAUGAAGUUAAAACUAUACAAAUUAUUAUUUGAUUUAUCAAGAAGUUGACCCUUUCAUGGAUCAAACGAUGAACAGACUAAGCUCUACUUGCAUCUUUGUGUGGCUCCGGACAUGUCUGUCUUUGAUCGUGGCAGAUAUUGUUAGGACCUUAAAGCACCUGCUCGCUCCAUCCAACACAGUCACACUCACAAGGGCAUCAAAGGGUAAAUAUUGGUAGGCACAGGGGACAGGAAGCUCCAUGGCAACAAUGUAGUGGCAGCGCUUUGCGUCCGGUGAUGGCGGGGGUAUCUUUCCUCCCUUUCGGACAUUCCGUUCCUGCUGUGCACUGAGCUCCCGUCUGCUCUCCGAAAAGAGUUUCCCAGGCUCAUGUCCUCUUUUCAGAACCAUGCAGGGUUUCUGUUGCCAAGGGACAAGGCCAAGGAAGGAAGCAUGCCAUCAGUGGUCAGUGUUUUGUCCUUCAUGUAUCCACCCUCAUUACACACAAAUUACGAGCUAAAAUUACAACCAUUUUAGAUUUUAAUUUAUUUAAUAAUAGGAUAUUAACAUUCAAGAAUGCUAUUAAUGAAGUACAGAGGAAAUCCUCUUUAAUUCAGAGUGAGUUUCCAUUUUCUGACAAACUAUGGUAAGUUGUUAUGCAAAGUUGACAAUUUAUUUUCGUCUUUGAUAUACCAGGGCCAGGCGCCCUUGUUCAUUAUAUACACAGGAUUUUAAUGAUAAAUGUCCACUAUUGGGGGCCUAAACUCAUAAUUUAGGCCUUGCCAAUUUGGUUAUUUCACUAGAUGUUUUAAUGCAUUUUGUUUUUACUUUUUAACACUACACAACCAUUAUCAUAUCUUCUUAACCAUGCCACGUGUAGUCAGGGUUAUAGACCAUAUCAUACAGUCUGCAUCUGUAUUGCAAGCCAGUAGAGCAAUGACUUUGCCAACUAUUUAUAUCACCAAUAAAUCAUAUAAGUAUUUUAAGGCUACAAGUUAGUUUAUGCUUUUCUCAUUUAUCACUAGAAUAUGUUUUUUGACAUGGUUGGACAAAACUAGGAUUUAAACAUCUGAAGUAUAGGCAUUGCUAUGUGCAUUUUUCACAAUUGUAUAGACAUAACAAUUUUUCUUGAACAUAUUUGGCAAAUCAAUCAAUCAUGAAAACUAAUCAAACAUGGGCUGGAACAACUGCCAUCUACCAUUCCUACACAGAAAACGAAUCAUAAUUGGCUUGAAGCUCAUUUGGAAAAUUGCUUUUAAAAGGGGAAAUCCACCAAGAAUGAGAACUGUGUUGUUCAUAACAUUUGAGUAUCAAUCAUUUUUACAUAUGGACAGGAGAGCAAAUGUAAUGACAAUGACUAUAAAAGACAACAUGUUAUUUCUAAUUGUUACAGAAAUUAUGUGCAUAUUGCAACACUGAUAUUCCCACAUCAGGUUUUUUCCCAUAAAAAACAACAUAUAAAAGAGUUUAAUGAAAAAUAAACAUAAAAGAGUAUCAGAAGGACUGAUUAUAGAAUGUGAAUAAUAGAUGCAGCAAACCACAUGAGAGGAUUGAGCGUUGGGGUGGAUUUCCCUUUUACUUAGCCGGGGACUAAAGCGUCAGCAUCAGCAGCAGCAAAAGCGUCGUAGUAAAAUGCGGUGCUGCUGAGAAAAGAGGAGGCGAUAGACAGAGACAGAGAGGGAGAGAGAGAAGGGGGAGCGAGAGAGUGAGGGAGAGAGACCACCGGGCAGGAUAUUUCUCUCCAGAAAACAGAGGCGACCUGUCGUCCUCUCGUCCCCGGACAUGUGGUGCACCCAGCGGCAGUAGUAGCAGCGGUGCUUGCGGUGACGGCGCGGCGUUGCCCUUUACGUCUUUGGAGCUUCUUUUGUCUUUAAUUUUCUUUUUUGUGUGCUUCGGUAAUGAGCUUGCUGGGGGCCUACAAGAAAAAGACCAGUUACGAUGGCUAUGAAUCUUUGCAGUUGGUCGAUAGUGGCGGAGAUAGCUUCAGUGUCGGAAGAGGGAGCAGCAGCAGCGGCAGCGCCACCAUCGCAGGCUCAGUAUCGGCCACCCUAGGACCGAAGGCGGGCCCGCUGAAAGAGGAGGACUGCAGCACCAUGGACAGCUCAGAAAUGGAUGCCAAUUAUGGCGGAGGACUGUUGGAUAUGGUGAAGGGAGGAGCCGGCAAGUUCUUCAGCAACUUCAAGGACAACUUGAAGGACACUCUGAAGGACACCUCCACCAAGGUCAUGCAUCAGGUGGCCACGUACACAAAAGGGGAGCUAGACAUUGCCUACAUCACAUCAAGGAUCAUAGUGAUGACCUACCCAGCAGAGUCAGUGCAGAUUGGCUACCAGAACCACGUAGAGGACAUUCGCUCCUUCCUCGACAGUCGCCAUGCCGACCAUUACACUGUCUUCAAUCUGUCACAGCGUAACUACCGCGGUGCCAAAUUCUCCAACAGGGUUUCCGAGUGUAACUGGCCUUCUCGUCAGGCUCCCAGCCUCCACAACCUUUUUGCUGUGUGUAAAAACAUGCACAACUGGCUCAAACAGAAUCCCAAGAAUGUGUGUGUCAUCACCUGCUCGGAUGGUCGGGCUCCCUCGGGUGUUUUGGUUUGUGCCAUGUUCUGCUUCUGCCACCUCUUCAACAAUCCAGUUCCUGCCAUGCAGCUGCUCAGCGCCAAGAGACCAGGAUCUGGCCUGUGGCCCUCACACCGCAGGUACAUAGGCUAUGUGUGCAGCAUGGUAUCGGAGAAGCCCAGUCUACCCCAUUCCAAGCCCUUGAUGAUCAAGGGUCUUACAAUAAGUCCAGUACCCUGCUUUAACAAGCAGCGUAGCGGCUGUCGGCCUUUCUGUGACGUCCUUAUUGGAGAGACAAAGAUCUUCAGCACUGCACAGGAGUACGAGAGGAUGAGAGAGCACAGGAUCCAAGAGGGUAAGAUCGCCUUUCCUCUAGGUGCGAGUGUGCAAGGCGACGUCAUUGUUUCAGUGUACCACAUGAGGUCGACCAUCGGAGGACGUCUCCAGGCCAAGGUUUCCAACACACAGAUCUUCCAGAUUCAGUUCCAUACUGGCUUCAUUGCUCCUGGUACCACCGUGCUAAAGUUUAGCAAACCAGAGCUGGAUGCAUGUGACUCUCCUGAGAAGUAUCCCCAGCUUUUCCAUGUGAUACUGGACGUGGAAGUAGAGGGGGUGGACAAGCAGAAAGACCUGACGCCGCCUUGGGAGCAGUUCCCCUGUAAAGACCUCAACCCCAAUGUGCUCUUCUCCUGCCACCAGGAAAAUCAGGACGCCCUUGCUAUCGCUGAGCCAAGUCGGCCUCAAGGAGGUGCAGAAGGUCGGGCUCACGGCGAGGAGAGCGAGCCCUCGGAUGAUGAGAUGCUGUCUCUCUCCAGCCAGCGAAGCAACGCCAGCACGGCCCCCCAAAGACCCGACCCCCCUGCUCCAAUGCCUGCCGCCCCUUCACCUGCAGAGGAAAUGGAUCUUCUUGGCCUCGAUGGGGCGGGGAUCAACCGACCUUCAACUCAGCCCCCGUCCGCUGCAGCCGCAACAACUGACCUUCUCGGGGACUUGUUCGGGGGCCCACCCCAGCCAACCAGUGGGGGGUCAUCUGCCCAGUCCACACCACAUAAAGUAGCCCCAAACACUGCCUCGCCAUGUCCCUCACCGACACCAACAGCAUUUGAUCCCUUCGGGGCAGGUCCCAUGCCUAAGCCUCAGGACAUGAUGGGUUCAUUCCUUGCAACAGGUAACGUGGGGCAGCCAGACCCCUUCCUGCAUGCUGCUUGCUCUCCAUCACCCACCCUGCAGCCUAAAAGCUCGGGCCGAAACUCCCCCGUCCCACCAAGCACCCCAACCGUCAACAUUCAGCAGCAAAAUGCAAAGGGAGGGUGGGACUGGAACAGACCCGCUACUACAAGCACAGGAGCGGGCUUUAGUAUGGGAAGUCGGUCAGCCACUACGAGCCCCACAGGCUCAGUCAACAGCACCCCCACCCACCAAUCCAAGCCAAACUUGGACCCAUUCGCUGACUUAGGCAACCUCGGUGGAGGCUCUGGCUUCUCCAGCAAACCGACCACUCCUACUGGGCCUACCCCUCCCAUCCCUCCCAUCCCUCCCAUCCCUCCCAUGGGCUCCCCUUCCCGACCACCCCCGUCUCCCCAGCAUGCAGAGGGGUGGCAGUCCAACCCAGGAGCAGGCUUCCCCUCGUGGCAGCCAGGUGCUGGAGUUGGCGGAGGAUGGCAAUCCCAAGGACCGGGCCCCGCCCCGCAGCCAAAGCCCAGCCCCAGCCACACCCCCAUGCCUCACGCAUCGCCCGGGGGCCGACCCAACUACAAUGUCAGCUUCUCAGCAAUGGGAGGGGGCUCGCCCAGCGCAGCGGUUAAAGCACAGGCUAGCAUGGGUACUAAGCCGAAAGUCGUGAAUGCCAACUUUGAUGACCUGCUGUCUGGUCAGGGCUUCGCUGGGACCAAAGAGAAGAAAGGGCCCAGGACUAUAGCAGAGAUGAGGAAGGAGGAGAUGGCCAAAGAGAUGGACCCUGAGAAAAUAAAGAUUCUGGACUGGAUCGAGGGGAAGGAGCGUAACAUCCGCGCUCUACUGUCCACCAUGCACACGGUGCUGUGGGAGAGGGAGACGCGCUGGAAGCCUGUAGGCAUGGCUGACCUGGUCACGCCAGAACAGGUCAAGAAGGUCUACCGCAAAGCAGUCCUGGUCGUGCACCCAGAUAAGGCCACAGGACAGCCCUAUGAACAAUAUGCCAAGAUGAUUUUCAUGGAACUAAAUGACGCCUGGUCAGAAUUUGACAGCCAAGGACAAAAAACCCUCUACUGAAUAAAUAGUGAGAGGAAGUGAGUGAGAAGAGGAUGUCCCUCCUGAUUCUGUCGUCUAACCCUCCUAAAAGUGUGUCACCACCUUUGGUCGACAGACUACAGCUCCUCCUCCAACAUCGCCUUUAUACCUGUGCUUUGACCCAUAUCUCUCUUCUCAACAAACACAGAACAUCCAGUCGAUCUACAAAGACAGUAAAAGACAACAAAACUCCAGUGACUAACAGUGUGACUGCUCUAAUGAACCUACCUACUGAAUGUUUGUGGUGCAACAUUACCCUCCCUUGUUGAGUGUCUUUAGCCCUGAAACCAACCCAGCAUUCAAAAGCGGAGUCACCGGGACGUCUAGAAAAACAAAAUAAAUGCUUGAUUCAGAGGAGAUGUAUCAAAAGUGACAAGAGACGGUGGACAACCAAGAUUAGAGAAAAAUACAUCAGGGAGUAAAUUGAGCAAGCAUGACACAGACUGCUUUUAAAAAGGGGAUUCAGGUGGUCUGUAAGGAACAAGUAAGCAUUUCAUAUCAAUUUAAGCUACUUACACACAAAACAUUGGUUUCCAUCCAAAAUAGGGGUGGUUGGAGGUACAAAUUAACAAUCUUUCUCAUUUAAAAAGUGCAGAGAAUAAUUACAAAUUGCUGACACUGCUUCUGAUUACAGGUCGGCUUCUUAAUUAUCUUAAAAAUGUUAACUGCUGACAGUGAAUGAAAAUGAAGAGGCUCUUCAAUGAAAACACAGAUCAGAAGGCUGCUCCCAACCUUAUAUACAUAUAACAGAUUAACACUAUGGUGUUUUGACUUUAGGUGAAUGAUUCUUGAUGUGUGUUCCCAUGUUUGCAGGGAACCGAGGGUUAUAUACUGUAUUCUGGGAUUAGCACAUGUACAGAUCCAUACCUGAAGCACCUUGAGGCUUCUCACUCAUAGUCACAUUUUUUUUUGCAGGCGAGCUGUGUGAAAGCACAAACUUUGCUCGGUGCACCUUUGAAGGAAAGCCAUUGUUAUUUAUUUAUUUGUUCAUUUGUGUUUGUCUUCAUAUAUUUUUUCAUGUGUCAGGCCUGCUAAAUUAUUUGUGUUAAAUGUAACUGCACAUGUUGUCAGAUAAUGUAUGUAAAGUUAUUUGGGUUAUUUGCAGGGAACUGUUUUACUCAUUUACUGACAAAACACAGGAAUGUCUUCUGAGACUAUAUCAGACUAUGAUAGCCUUUAUAGUCUGCAAUAACAUUUUCCAAACAACAGAUGUGGAAAUAUCUAUUACAAAUGACAUUUCUAUUCAAAGUCCCUAAAUUGCGAGUCGCAGGAUUGAAAAUGUUCUCAUACCGUAAAAUCAUAUGAGGGAAUUAAUGAGCUUUAGUGAAACUAAUUUCUCUCAAAUCGCUCGUAUUACAUAUCUGCUGUUAUUUCAAGACUUAUAUCAAAACACUAAUUUGCAGUGAUUGCAAAAUGUUUUUUUUAAAUUACUUGUUAUGUAUCUUUGUUUACAUUUGUUUACAUUUACAUCACAGCACUGACACUUUUAUUUGUAAUUAUCAUGUGCUCUUGAGUUCUACUGACACACUUUCAUAUCAAAGGUAACAGAAAAUGUUGCAUUUUUUAAUAGUGAUUGAUUGAAUCUAAAAACAGAUUAUAUUCUCCCCAUAUAGUUUCAAUAAUAUACUGAUGGUAUUGUUCUUCUGUACGAUAAAAACUGUAAUACUGGUGUUGUCAUUUUGUGUAGAAAGUAUUAUAAGGUUCUGAAAUGAAGUCCAUCGGCAAAUGGCAAACAUAUGCAAGAUAGAGAAUACUUAUGUACUCAUAGUAAGUUGAAUCAAUUCUCAAUUUCUCAGACAUUUUAUUUACAACAUCCUUACCUUACAGCUUCGAGUGAUUGACAGAGCUCUACUGUAACCCCCUGUUUAAACUCAAUUUUCACAAAAGCUAAUAAGGCAGAAUAUCUACAGAGACAUGUUCAUAAACCGCUCUUUAUAUCAUAACUGUUUUCAUACUCUCUGUUUUGGAAAUCCUUUUUAACCGUCAUGUGGUUUAUCUCCCUUGGUUUGACUUCAUUCAUACCCAGGACUCCAAGUUUGUUCAUGUGUGUUUCGGACUUUGACUCAAUACUGAACACUGGAAAUAAAGUAUGACUUCUAAAGUGCUGUUUCUUCAACUGGGUUUGGGACCCAGAAUGGAUUACAUGGCAGAGCUUUUUGGCUGAAAUACAUCGCUGAACAAGACACUGAGUCUCAAGGUGAAAAUGUUGGGCCCUGAACUCAAGGCUACUGCUUGACCAGAUGCAGGAAGUGUGUAGUGUGUGCUUCUGUGCUCUAUUUACACUGAGGAACUACAUGUGAAAUAACCCUCAUAAGCUCCCUCGCUGACUGAACUCUUUACCUGCAAUCUAUCGGCUAUGUUAAAAAGCUAAGCUCUAUAUUGUAGUCAGUGGAUGUGUGUCGUUUGAAAUUGUGGUGCGUAUGGAAGUGAUCCGAUUUGGACACAGACUACUGUACGUUAUGUGUUUGCCUGUCUGCUGUAAGUAUUACUAAACUGUGUAAACAAUUCUGUUCAUGUGUUCCUUUUCAGUUCUGUUUACCAAUACAUGGGAUGUACAUAAUGAUCGAGUGCAGUGCACAAAAAUAAAUAGUCAACAGAGAACAAAA